AUGUUCUCCACCUUCGAACGGUCUAUCUUUAGAGCCAAAGUCCUUCUCUGCAGCUUUGACAGCUCGUUCGUCAUUGUCGUCGUCUUCACGCUUUCUCUUGCCCUUCCUCCGGUGAACCUUUGGGUAUGGCUGCUCGAACAAUACAUGCAAGACCUGUGCAACUGGGUUUUCACUACAAGCAGAUCGGUACUUGACUAA